AUGUAUCGGGGCUCUUUCGCUCCGCCGCCCGCGCAAUCGCCACCCCUUCACCACCCCGUCCCGCAACAUGUCUCGACCGUCCCUAUGAUGCGCUCACCUCCACCACCAGCUCCUCAGCAGCCCCCAAGUGCUGGAGCUGGAUAUGGCGGUAACCCAUACCAACCGUCGCCCGUCCAGGGUGGCGGUGGAAGCUAUGCCCCUGGUGCACCUGGAUUCGGUGGGUUCAUGAACGAUCCCACGGCGCAGAUGGGCUUCCAGGUCGGCAAGAGCGCAAUGGCGGCUGGACAGGAGUACAUGGAGAGUAAUUUCAAUCGCUAUGUCUCUAUACCCGCCCUCAAGCACUACUUUAACGUCUCCAACUCCUACGUCCUGAAGAAGCUGGUCCUUGUCCUCUUCCCCUGGCGACACAAACCGUGGUCCCGACAGCAAGCUCGAAUGGCCCCAACCCCUGGACCAAGUGGACAAAUUAUGCAGCAACAAUAUUCGUCCAUGUUCCUGCCUCCUCGCGACGACCUGAACUCGCCGGACAUGUAUAUUCCCGUCAUGGCCCUAGUCACAUAUAUUCUUCUGUCGGUGUUACUAGCUGGAUUCCGAGGCGAUUUCCACCCAGAGCUUUUGGGCUCAAUCACCACCACAGCCAUUGCAGUGAUCGCCUUCGAGAUUCUAUGCUUGAAGCUGGCGACAUACAUUUUGAGCAUCAACAAUGACUCUCAGCUGCUGGAUCUGGUGGCAUAUUCGGGCUAUAAGUUCGUUGGAAUCAUUGUCACUAUGGUGGCAUCUGAGAUCUUCAACCCCGGACAAGGGACUAGGGGCUGGGUUGGUUGGACCGUGUUUGCAUACACCUUUUUGGCCAAUGCGUUCUUCCUGCUCCGCUCGCUGAAAUAUGUGUUGCUUCCCGAUUCGACCGACUCCGCCAUGCAUGCCGGUUCGAUGCAGGCUGUGGCUCGGUCCCAGCGCAACCGACGCGGUCAGUUCUUGUUCGUAUACUCUUACGCGGUUCAGUUCAUUUUCAUGUGGGUGCUCAGUCGCGAGGGACCGUCCUCUGCGGCAGCUGCCGGCUCUGCGUCGUCAUAA